UUAGCUGGGGCCGGUGGCCAGGCCCCUGGAAUGCAGGCUGGCCGCGGACCUGGGUGCAGGCAGGCGGACGCACCAUGCCGCUGCAGGACGACACCCUCCGGGAGGUGUGGGCCUCAGACAGUGGGCCUGCGGAGGAAGAGGGGAGCCCCGAGGUCCAGCGGCGCCCCAGGCAGCGGCCUGCCCGGGGACCGAAGUUGAGGAAGAGGGCCGACGCCCCGGAGCCCCCCUGCCCUGCGGGACCCAAGCCCAGGAGACCUGGAGGCAGGCGGGGGGCUGAGCCGGGGGGCGCCCCCCAGGCGGGGCGGAGGGGGAGGCCGCGCCAGGAGCCCGCGGAGGCCGGGGCGCCGCAGACCGUCUGCACCAAGUUCCUCAGGGACCCCGCGGCCAAGAAGCGCGACCCCCGAGAAACCUUCCUGGUGGCCGGAGCCCCGGGAGCAGAGGACGAGGAUGACGAGGAGGAAGAGGAGGGCCAGGAAGAGGAAGAGGAAGAGGAGGAGGAAAAGAAAGAGAAAAUCCCUCUGCCUCCCAAGAAGCCCCCUGCAGAGAAGGCUUCUGCAGACAGGAAGGAGAGGAGGGCCCGGGCCCGGGGUCUGAAGGGAGACCUGGGAAGCCCUGUCCCCCCACCAAAACCUCUGCCCAUGAAGAAGAAGGUGCCAGCAGGGGAAGGGGCCAAGAUGAGAAAGACCAAGAAGAAAGGGUCUGGGGAAGCUGACAAGGACCCCCCAGUGAGCUCGGCCAGAGCGCAGAAGACCCCAGCAGCCUUGUUUCUCGUUGGGGACGAUGGCCCAGCGGAGAGGGCUCUGAAGGAGAAAGGUGCUUCCACAGGCUCAGAAGAGGAGAGGAAGGAGGAAGAGGUGGCCGCUGUGAUGACCAAGAACAGCAAUCACAAGAGCAAAUCGAAAGGGAAAAGCAAAAAGAAAGUGAAGGAGGAGAGGGCCCCGUCCCCGCCUGUGGAAGUGGGUGAACCCCGGGAGUUCGUGCUUCAGCCCGCCCCCCAGGGCCGGACAGUGCGCUGCCGGCUGACCCGGGACAAGAAGGGUAUGGACAGGGGCCUGUAUCCCUCCUACUUUCUGCACCUGGACACGGACAAAAAGGUGUUCCUCUUGGCUGGCAGGAAACGGAAACGGAGCAAGACAGCCAAUUACCUCAUCUCCAGCGACCCUACCAACCUGUCCCGGGGAGGGGAGAAUUUUGUCGGGAAGCUGAGGUCCAACCUCCUGGGGAAUCGCUUUACUGUCUUUGACAAUGGGCAAAACCCGCACCGUGGAGGCGGCGGCGGCGCUGACGUGGGGAGCCUUCGGCAGGAGCUGGCAGCCGUGAUCUAUGAAACCAACGUGCUGGGCUUCCGAGGGCCCAGGCGAAUGACCGUCAUCAUUCCCGGCAUGAAUGCGGACAACGAGAGGGUCCCCAUCCGGCCCCGAAAUGCCAGCGAUGGGUUGCUGGUGCGCUGGCAGAACAAAACGCUGGAGAGCCUCAUCGAGCUGCACAACAAACCACCUGUCUGGAAUGAAGACAGUGGCUCCUACACCCUCAACUUCCAAGGUAGAGUCACACAGGCCUCAGUCAAGAACUUCCAGAUCGUCCAUGCUGAUGACCCUGACUAUAUCGUGCUGCAGUUCGGCCGCGUGGCGGAGGACGCCUUCACGCUAGACUACCGGUACCCGCUGUGCGCCCUGCAGGCCUUCGCCAUCGCCCUCUCCAGCUUCGACGGGAAGCUAGCCUGCGAGUGACUGCAGCAGCCCCCGGCGUCCCCCGAGCCCUCCAGGGUCGGGGAAAGUAUUCAGUGGAGGUUUGCAGUGUCCCUUCACCAAAGUCCCCGCUGAAGACUCCUUCUUCGGAGGCUGACCCCUCAAUGUCUCCAGGUGACCUCUAUCCACUUCCCAGUCUAGCACAGACCGACUGAGGGGCGGAGCUCAGACAGCAGAUCCGACACAGAUGAAGAACAUCUGGAGCUGUGCCGCACAUCUGGUCACAGAGCUAGCCUGUGCUGCU